UAACAUUUUUUUCUUUUUUAGGUUGAGCAAGUGAAAUUACUUGACCGAUUCAGUACCAACAACAAGUCAUUAACAGGAACACUAUAUCUUACGGCCACACAUCUAUUAUUUAUAGACUCUCAGCAGAAAGAAACCUGGAUAUUGCAUCAUCAUAUUGGCUCAGUGGAGAAACUGGCUUUGACGACUUCUGGAUGCCCACUUGUGAUUCAGUGCAAGAACUUCAGGAUUGUGCAUUUCAUUGUUCCCAGAGAAAGAGAUUGCCAUGAUAUUUACAACUCUUUGCUACAACUGUCAAAACAAGCAAAAUACGAAGAUCUCUAUGCGUUCUCUUAUAACCCCAAACAAAAUGAUUCUGAACGACUGCGAGGUUGGCAGCUUAUUGACCUUGCUGAGGAAUAUAAGAGAAUGGGCGUGCCAAAUUCAAACUGGCAGUUGUCUGAUGCCAACCGAGAAUACAAGAUUUGUGAAACUUAUCCCAGAGAACUUUAUGUUCCCCGAAUAGCAAGCAAACCAAUAAUUGUUGGUAGUUCUAAGUUCCGGAGCAAGGGAAGAUUUCCAGUUCUUUCCUACUAUCAUCAAAAUAAGGAGGCUGCCAUUUGUCGAUGCAGUCAACCACUGUCGGGAUUCAGUGCCAGGUGUCUGGAAGAUGAACAUUUGCUUCAAGCCAUCAGUAAAGCCAAUCCAGCCAAUCGCUAUAUGUAUGUCGUGGAUACCAGGCCUAAACUGAAUGCAAUAGCCAACAGAGCAGCUGGAAAAGGUUACGAAAAUGAAGACAACUAUUCUAAUAUUAGAUUUCAGUUUGUUGGAAUUGAAAAUAUUCAUGUCAUGCGGUCCAGCCUUCAGAAGUUAUUGGAAGUUAAUGGUACCAAAGGGCUUUCUGUCAAUGAUUUCUACUCUGGUUUGGAGAGCUCAGGAUGGCUUCGCCAUAUCAAAGCUGUCAUGGACGCUGCAAUCUUCUUAGCCAAAGCAAUAAUGGUGGAAAAUGCAAGUGUGUUGGUUCAUUGUUCUGAUGGCUGGGAUAGAACUUCCCAGGUUUGUUCCCUUGGCUCUCUUUUAUUGGAUUCCUACUACAGAACAGUCAAAGGAUUCAUGGUUUUAAUAGAAAAGGAUUGGAUCUCCUUUGGACAUAAAUUUUCAGAGAGGUGUGGCCAUUUGGACGGAGACCCAAAGGAAGUUUCACCAGUGUUUACUCAGUUCUUGGAAUGUGUGUGGCAUUUGACUGAACAGUUUCCACAAGACUUUGAAUUCAAUGAAGCGUUUCUUCUUCAGAUUCAUGAACAUAUUCAUUCAUGCCAAUUUGGAAACUUCCUUGGAAAUUGUCAGAAGGAAAGAGAAGAACUCAAGUUAAAAGAGAAGACUUACUCCCUGUGGCCAUUUCUUCUGGAUGACCAAAAGAAGUACUUAAAUCCACUGUACAGUUCCAAUUCUCAGAAAUUUGCUGUUUUGGAGCCAAAUACAGCAUCUUUCAAUUUUAAGUUUUGGAGAAACAUGUACCACCAAUUUGAUCGAACAUUGCAUCCCAGGGAGUCAGUGUGUAACAUAAUUAUGAAUAUGAAUGAGCAAAAUAAACAAUUAGAGAAAGACAUUCAAGACUUAGAAUCUAAAAUUAAUAAACGCAAAAAUGAGCAAAUAGAUGGAGUUCUCACCAAGGAAUUGUUACAUCCAGUUCAUCCUGAGUCACCUAUCAUCAAAAGCUCCCUAUGUUUUAAGGAGCAGACUCUGUUACCUGUGAAUGAUACUCUUCGAACUAUAGAGGGCAGCAACCCAGCGGAUAAUCGUUACAGUGAAUACGCCGAGGAGUUUUCCAAAUCUGAAGCUGCUGUGGUCAGCUUAGAGUAUGGGGUGGCAAGAAUGACUUGUUAGACUCCUAAAGUAUUUUCUGGACUGACUGUAAUGCAAGAAUUGGAUCAUUGUAAGGAUGAUCUGUGUGCAUGAUGAAAAGGAAUUUGUCUAAUAAAGAUCUUAGAGUUUAAUAGUAGGUUAAUCAUUUAAGGAAGGAAAAUAACUGCUCUUGUGAGAGGAGUUAGUGUAACUGCAUUUCUAGUAAGGAAUGACUUUCAGUUCUUUAAGAAACAAGUGAUACUGACAUUUAUUCAAAACACAAUUUGCAUUGUAUACUAGCAAAUUGACAUUUCUGUAUGAUUUAUAUGAUAAUUAGAGUCAAACAUAAGUAGCUUUACCUUACUAUAAUUUAAUUACCAGUAAACAGAACUUGACAAGGCAGUCCCUUAAUAAAUGACAUGGCAUGUUCUUUCAAUUAUGCAACCAUGUAACUGAAUUUUUACAUAUUUUACCUAUAGUGAUGUUUAAUGUUGUGCCAUGAAAAAUAUUUCUAAGAAAGCCUUAAAAUCUCAGUUUAUUCUUUACUCUUAGGUUUUAUAGCCGAGAGCAGAAUUUUGUGUUUGGUUUUCUUUUUGCCAGCUUUGUUUUAUCUGUGAAGUCUGUACUCAUUACUGCAGGCCUUGCAUGCUACACUACUCCUAUAUAGAAAGUUGCACAGGCACACUGUUAAGUUCAUGUGUAGCUUAUCCCGCUUCCAUAGUCAAAAUGAAACCACAGUUUUUAUUCUAUUUACAAUUUGCUUAGUACUACAUUUGAUGCCUUAUUAUUUACAACAUAGGUUAUUGAUUUUUUAAAAUAUGUUUUAAGCACAUUUGACCAUCUUUCAUAUAUGGGUUACUGCAUUCUAUUGAUUCUUAUUUUGUGGUUGGCUUUAUUCUUUUGAUAACUGUAUUUUUAAAAAUACAAAGUUCUAAAGCUGUUUUUAGAGCAAUGAAUAAUACGUACAUAUUUUAAAGUUGUUUUAUCUCUCAAUGAGUUAUUGCUCUUCCUAGAAUAUUUUACUUUCAGUUUACCUAAACAUUUUGGGAUAAAAAUCAAAAGGGGAAUACAGAUAGUUAUAUUUUGCUUGGUUAUAUAAAUCUUAAAGCAGUCAUUUCUAUAUGGAAUACUAUUUUCUGUUAAUAUAUAAGUAAAAAGAGGAAAAUGAAAGGUAGCCUAAUACAAAGUUAAUAUUUAACAAAAACAACUUAACUGCUGGGAAGAGUUUCAUUUUGCCAUGUUUUGAAAAAAAAGCACUGGUAGUUGAUGGUUAGGCAACCCACAUUCACACAGGGCCUGGAUGCCUGAGGUAGGACUGCUGGAGCCAGCUGGCUUCAGAAUAGAAAAUAUAAGUAACAUGGUGGCACGAACUAUAAUUCAAGGGUAUAAAGAAAUCUGCAAAGGGCCCUUCAUGCUUCUCUUUAUUAUACCUAUAUCUAUUAUUAGUUUUGAGCAUAAAUAUCUUUUUCAAGUGGAACAAAAGCUUUAUUGUAUGAGAACUUAUCAAAUCCCAUUUAUUUUUCCAAUGCUUUUCUGUAACAAAUUAUGUAAUUAAAAUACCCCUUUAUAAGCAGUAACAGAAAUACACUGUAUAUAAAAUAUAAUUUGUGAUAUUUAAGCACUGGGACAGGAAACUUAAUCUUUGUGACCACAAAGGGAAAGCUUUUGUGCCUUGUUAUUUGGUUCCAAUACUGAUUGUGGUUUUAGAAUCUUCCAUAGAAGACAUUCUAUAGUCAGCUCUUUGGUUUAUUAUCUUACAGUCUUCAACUUGAGGCAGAUAUAUGUAUGUUUAUGUGUUCUCACAUGGACUGAAAAAUCAGUUAACAUUCUAUAUAGGGUAUAUAUUGGCAAAAGGCAGAUUGUGUAUGUCUUAUAAAGUUGGAUUUAUGUUCAAUGUGUUUGGGAAUGUAUAGCAUGUAAAUUAUUUCAUAUAUUAUUUAAAGGUAAUUAAAUGUUCAGGUUUUACUUUAAAUGUUUUGCUUUUGGGGAAAAAAAAUGGGAUCAAGUUGUAGUUGUUUGUUUUCCCUCUCCUCGGCAAAUGGAUCUGCACCUUACACUAAUCAUAACAGUAUCAGGUUUGAGCACUUCAUUUUCCAAAAGACAGAUGUUGACAGUGGGCUAAAAGUUCCAGCAAAUAUAGCUGGUAACGUCAUUAAAUUUUCCUUUUGUGGUCUUGUCACUUCCUGUUGUUAUAAUCAGGAUUUUAUCUUGCCCUUACCAACUUGUUGAUGGAAGGCAGUGUCCAAUGAGUAUGCACAUUCAAACUGAAACGUCUCUUCAAAGGCAGAUCUGGAUGUAAACAUGAGGAAGAAAAUGAUUGGCAGAGAAGAAUAUUCAUUUUAUUUGUGGGUGUUAUGAACAGGGUUAGCUAGGCUAGAAAUAGCUCAGGGAGUCUUGACUAAAUCAAGAUGAAAGGAACUUUCCUUCCUAUCCUCCAAAUUCUCUUUAUUUGGUGGGAUAGCAGGACAGUGCAGUAGUAUCGGGAUACUAAAAAUAAAAAAAUCAGGUUUUACAGCACAUAUUUAGAGUUGUUUUCAGUUACCAGCAAAAUUGAGAGAAAAGUCCAGAUAUUUCCCAUAUACCCCUGACCCCACACAUUCAUUGCUUUCUCUAUUAUCAGCAUCUCCCACCAGAGUGGUACAUUUGUUACAAUUGAUAAGCCUACAUUGAUGCAUCAUAAUCACCCAAAGUCCAUAGUUCAGAGUUUUAGCAUAUAUUCUGUGGGUUUGAACAAAAUGUAUAAUGACUUUUAUAGUACCAUACAGAGUAUUUUCACUUCCCUAAAAAACCUUUAUGCUCUGCCUAUUCAUUCCUCCUCUUCUUCCCCUCAACUCCUAGGAACCACUAACCUUUUUACUGUCUCCAUAAUUUUAGCAGAAUGCCAUAUAGUUGGAAUCAUUUAGUAUGUAGUCUUUUAGAUUGGCUUCUCUCACUUAGUAAUAUGCAUUUAAAGUUCCUUCAUGUUUUUAUCAUGACUUGAUGACUUUGUUUCUUUCUUUCUUAGCACUGAAUAAUCUUCAUUGUCUAUAUCUACCAGAGUUUAUUUGUCUAUUCAUCCACUGAAGGCCAUCUUGGUUGCUUUCAAGUUUUAGCAAUUAUUAAUAAAGUUUCUAUAAAUAUCCA